CGUUUACGGUAAUAAUUCCAACCUCUUCCCUGGGUUAGCAGCACAGACUCGGAGAGCUUGGGAAUUCAAGCAGUCUGCGGCCACAGCCAUGGCUGAGCGCCGCGCCUUCGCCCAGAAAAUAAGCAGGACUGUUGCUGCAGAAGUCCGAAAGCAGAUUGCUGGCCAGUAUGGGGGAUCCCCACAGCUCCUCAAAAACCUCAAUGUGGGUGCCAAUGCUACCAGUAACACAGUCCCGCUCACAGAAGCCGUGGAACCGGUGGACUUUGAAGAGUAUCUCAUCACGCACCCGCCCAUCAUCGAAUCGGGUCCACUCAGGGACCUGAUCGAGUUCCCUCCCGAUGACAUCGAGGUGCUGUACACUCCGCGGGAGUGCCGCACGCUGGGUCAGGCUGUGCCGGAGGAGGGUGAUAAUGACACUCACGUCCGUGACUGCGUCAGGUCCUACACUGAAGACUGGGCCAUUGUUAAUAGAAAGUACCAUAAGCUGGGUACAGGGUUUAACCCCAACACUCUGGACAAGCAGAAGGAGAGACAGAAGGGCCUGCCCAAGCAGGUGUUUGAGUCAGACGAAAUGCCAGAUAACAGCAGCUACCAGGACGAUCAGGACGACCUGAAGCGGAGGUCCAUGUCCAUUGACGACACCCCUCGGGGCAGCUGGGCCUGCAGCAUCUUUGACCUGAAGAACUCGCUGCCCGACGCCCUGCUGCCCCACCUGCUCGACCGCGCGCCCAACGAGGAGAUCGACCGCCACAACGAGGAGCACAGGAAGUCCCACCGCCACCGCGAGCUCUUCGCCCUGCACCCUGCGUUGGACGAGGAGGAGCCCAUUGAACGUCACUGCGUGCCUGAUGUCCCGAAAGAACACUUUGGCCAGAGGCUACUCGUCAAGUGCUUGUCCUUGAAGUUUGAAAUCGAAAUCGAGCCAAUAUUCGCGAGUUUGGCCUUAUACGAUGCCAAGGAAAAGAAAAAGAUUUCUGAGAACUUUUUCUUCGACUUGAACUCGGAGCAAACGAAGUCCAUGCUUCGCCCUCACAUCCAGUCCGCAGCUAUCUCCACCCUGGCCCGCUCCGCCAUCUUCUCCAUCACCUACCCCUCGCAAGAUGUCUUCCUGGUCAUAAAGCUGGAGAAGGUGCUGCAGCAGGGAGACAUUGGGGAGUGUGCUGAGCCAUACAUGGUCUUCAAAGAGUCCGAUGCAGCCAAAAACAAGGAGAAGCUGGAGAAGCUGCGGGGCCAGGCGGAGCAGUUCUGCCAGCGGCUGGGCCGCUAUCGCAUGCCCUUCGCCUGGACCGCCAUCCACCUGAUGAACAUCGUCAACAGCGCCGGCAGCCUGGAGAGGGACACCGAGCCAGAGAUGGCACUGCCAGAGCGGAAGGGCUCGUGGUCAGAGCGGAGGAACUCGAGCAUCGUGGGCCGCCGGUCGCUGGAGAGGACCACCAGCGGAGACGAGUCCUGCAGCCUGACCAGCUUCCGCCCUGCCACCCUCACAGUCACCAACUUCUUCAAACAGGAGGGAGACCGUUUGAGUGACGAAGAUCUCUACAAGUUCCUGGCUGACAUGAGGAGGCCCUCCUCCGUCCUGCGCAGACUGAGGCCCAUCACAGCCCAACUGAAGAUUGACAUCUCUCCGGCCCCGGAAAACCCCCACUACUGCCUGACCCCCGAGCUGCUACAAGUUAAACCGUACCCAGACAGUAGGGUCCGACCCACCAGAGAGAUACUGGAGUUCCCAGCCAGGGACGUCUACGUACCCAACACCACCUACAGAAACCUGCUGUAUGUGAACCCUCAAAGCCUAAACUUUGCCAACCGCCAAGGUUCAGCCCGCAACAUCACCGUAAAAGUACAGUUCAUGAACGGGGAAGAUCCCAGCAAUGCCAUGCCGGUGAUCUUUGGCAAAUCCAGCUGUGCUGAGUAUGCCAAGGAAGCGUACACUGCAUUGGUGUAUCAUAACAGGUCACCUGACUUCCAUGAUGAGGUAAAAAUCAAGCUUCCAGCAUCGCUGACGGAUCACCACCACAUCCUCUUCACGUUUUACCACGUCAGCUGCCAACAGAAGCAGAACACGCCCUUGGAGACGCCCGUCGGAUACACGUGGAUCCCCAUGCUGCAGAACGGCCGCCUGAGGACGGGACACUUCUGCCUGCCCGUGUCUCUGGAGAAACCUCCCCAGUCCUACUCAGUCCUCUCCCCUGACGUUCCUCUUCCUGGAAUGAAGUGGGUGGAUAACCAUAGAGGGGUAUUCAAUGUGGAAGUAGUGUCAGUUUCAACACUUCACACACAGGACCAGUACCUGGAUAAGUUCUUUGCCCUGGUCCACGCGCUGGACGAGCACAUGUUCCCCGUGCGCAUCGGGGACAUGCGCAUCAUGGAGAACAACCUGGAGACGGAGCUCAAGGCCAGCAUCGCCGCCCUCAGCUCCUCCCAGCUGGAGCCCAUCGUGCGCUUCCUGCACCUGCUGCUGGACAAGCUGGUGCUGCUGGUGGUGCGGCCGCCUGUCAUCGCAGGACAGAUAGUGAAUCUCGGCCAGGCCUCCUUUGAAGUGAUGGCUUCCAUUGUGAACCGCCUCCACAAGUAUCUUGAUAGCAGUCAAGAUCAACACGGGCGCAACUGCCUACUGUCUUCCUACAUCUAUUAUGUCUUCCGCUUGCCAAAUAUGGACCCCAACUCCCCAUCACCGGGCCCGGGAGGGCUGGGCGGGUCGGUCCACUACGCCACGAUGGCGCGGUCCGCUGUCAGGCCUGCCAGCCUCAACCUCAACCGCUCCCGGAGCCUCAGCAACAGCAACCCGGACAUCUCCGGGACGCCCACGUCCCCCGACGACGAGGUCAGGUCCAUCAUCGGAAGCAAGGGCUUAGACCGCUCCAACUCCUGGGUAAACACGAUGGGGUGCAAGAGCGCCCCCUGGGGAUCCAGCCCCGGCUCCGCCUCUGACCCCCUGCAGGCCAUGGAGCGCAGUGGCAAUCGCAUGUCAUCGCACACUGAGACCGCCAGUUUCUUGCAAACUUUAACAGGACGAUUACCAACCAAAAAGCUGUUCCAUGAGGAGCUGGCCCUGCAGUGGGUUGUGAGCAGUGGCAGUGUCCGGGAGGGAGCCUUGCAGCAGGCUUGGUUCUUCUUCGAGCUCAUGGUCAAGAGCAUCAUCCACCACCUCUACUUCACUGAGCGCCUGGAGUCUCCCAGGAAGAACCGCUUCCCCGAGCGCUUCAUGGAUGACAUCACCGCCCUGGUCAGCACCAUCGCCGGGGACAUCGUCUCCAGGUUCCAGAAGGACCUGGAGCUGGUGGAGAGGCUCAACACCAGCCUGGCCUUCUUCCUGAACGACCUGCUGUCCGUCAUGGACAGGGGCUUCGUCUUCAGCCUGAUCAAGACCUACUGGAAGCAGUCUUCCCCUCACCCGCAGGUGUCCACCAAGCUGUACGCGCUGCAGAACCCCACCCUGGAGUCGCUGCGGCUGGACUUCCUGCGCAUCGUGUGCAGCCACGAGCACUACGUCACCCUCAACCUGCCCUGCAGCCUGCUCACGCCGCCCGCCUCGCCCUCGCCCUCCGUGUCCUCCGCCACAUCGCAGAGCUCUGGCUUCUCCACGCACGUGCAGGACCAGAAGAUCGCCAACAUGUUUGAGCUGUCCGUGCCCUUCCGCGAGCAGCACUACCUGGCUGGGCUGGUGCUGACCGAGCUGGCCGUCAUCCUGGACCCUGAGGCUGAGGGGUCAGUGCACCUGGGCGCUGGGCCUAGAUCGGCUGAAUGGAUGUUCGGUUUACACAAGAAGGUGAUCAGCGUGGUGCACAACCUGCUGUCCAGCCAUGACUCGGACCCCCGCUACGCCGACACGGAGGUGAAGGCCCGAGUCGCCAUGCUCUACCUGCCCCUCAUCGGCAUCGUCAUGGAGACCUUACCGCAGCUGCACGACUUCACAGAAUCGCACAAUCAGUGGGGUCGUCCGGGCGGGGCGGGGGGUGAAGAGCACGAGGGAGAAGGGAACAGCAUCAUCAGCCAGACUGUAGCCAUGGCCAUCGCUGGGACCCCUGUUCCCCAGAUGUCCCGGCCCAGCAGCUUCCUGCUCAACCCACAGUCCACCCGGCAGCACGGCUCCUUCUCGGCCGAGUCCAGCCGCAGCCUGCUCAUCUGCCUGCUGUGGGUGCUGAAGAACGCCGACGAGAUGGUGCUGCAGAAGUGGUUCACCGACCUGUCCGUCUCGCAGCUCAACCGCCUGCUGGACAUGCUCUACCUCUGCGUUUCCUGCUUCGAGUACAAGGGGAAGAAGGCCUUUGAGAGGAUGAACAGCCUGACCUUCAAGAAGUCCAAAGACAUGAAGGCCAAGCUGGAGGAGGCCAUCCUGGGCAGCAUCGGGGCGCGGCAGGAGAUGGUGCGGCGGAGCCGCGGGCAGCUGGAGAGGAGCCCGUCAGGCAGCGCCUUCGGGAGCCAGGAGAACCUGCGCUGGAGGAAGGACAUGACGCACUGGCGCCAGAACAGCGAAAAGAUGGACAAGAGCCAGAAAGCAGUCAGGUUUAAAGAGACGCUACUGCGCAGUGGGAGAGCCCAGGACCCUUUAUUAGUUAGGACCAGAGCAGAGUUGGAGCACGAAGCACUUAUUGAUGGCAAUCUUGCGACGGAGGCGAAUUUAAUCAUUUUGGACACCCUGGAAAUUAUUGUGCAGUGUGGUGACGUGUGUGUGUCUGCGCAGACGGUGUCGGUGACAGAGUCGAAGGAGAGCAUACUGGGCGGGGUGCUGAAAGUGCUUCUGCACAGCAUGGCCUGCAACCAGAGCGCCCUCUACCUGCAGCACUGCUUCGCCACGCAGAGGGCGCUGGUCUCCAAGUUCCCCGAGCUGCUGUUUGAGGAGGAGACGGAGCAGUGUGCUGACCUGUGCCUGCGCCUCCUGAGGAACUGCAGCAGCAGCAUCGGCACCAUCCGCUCCCACGCCAGCGCCUCCCUCUACCUGCUCAUGAGGCAGAACUUCGAAAUCGGCAACAACUUUGCGCGGGUGAAGAUGCAGGUGACCAUGUCCCUGUCGUCGCUGGUGGGGACGUCGCAGAACUUCAACGAGGAGUUCCUCCGCCGGUCGCUCAAAACCAUCCUCACCUACGCAGAAGAGGACCUGGAGCUGAGGGAAACUACGUUCCCAGAUCAGGUCCAGGAUCUCGUGUUCAAUCUUCACAUGAUCCUGUCUGACACGGUGAAAAUGAAGGAGCAUCAGGAGGACCCCGAGAUGCUUAUCGAUCUCAUGUACAGAAUCGCCAAAGGGUACCAGACGUCCCCGGACCUGCGCCUGACGUGGCUGCAGAACAUGGCGGGGAAGCACUCGGAGAGGAACAACCACGCCGAAGCGGCGCAGUGCCUGGUGCACAGCGCCGCCCUGGUGGCCGAAUACCUCAGCAUGCUGGAGGACCGCAAGUACCUCCCGGUCGGCUGCGUCACCUUCCAGAACAUCUCGUCGAACGUGCUGGAGGAGUCGGCGGUGUCCGACGAUGUGGUCUCCCCCGACGAGGAGGGCAUCUGCUCUGGGAAGUACUUCACCGAGGCGGGGCUGGUGGGGCUGCUGGAGCAGGCGGCCGCGUCCUUCUCCAUGGCCGGGAUGUACGAGGCGGUGAACGAGGUGUACAAGGUCCUCAUCCCCGUCCACGAGGCCAACCGCGACGCCAAGAAGCUGGCCACCAUACAUGGUAAACUGCAGGAAGCCUUUGGCAAAAUCGUCCACCAGAGCACUGGCUGGGAGAGAAUGUUUGGUACCUAUUUCCGAGUUGGAUUUUAUGGAUCAAAAUUUGGAGACUUGGACGAGCAAGAAUUUGUGUACAAAGAGCCAGCUAUCACCAAAUUAGCGGAAAUAUCUCACAGGCUUGAGGGAUUUUAUGGGGAAAGGUUUGGAGAAGAUCAAGUUGAAGUGAUUAAGGACUCCAAUCCUGUGGACAAGUGCAAGUUGGACCCAAACAAGGCAUUUGUUCAGAUAACCUACGUGGAGCCCUACUUUGACACCUAUGAGAUGAAGGACCGCAUCACAUACUUUGACAAAAACUACAACCUGCGGCGCUUUGUGUACUGCACACCCUUCACCCUGGACGGCAGGGCACACGGGGACCUCCACGAGCAGUUCAAGCGCAAGACCAUCCUGACCACCUCCCACGCCUUCCCCUAUAUCAAGACCCGCAUCAACAUCAUUCACAAAGAGGAGAUCAUCUCCAUGCCCAUUGAGGUGGCCAUCGAGGACAUGCAGAAGAAGACCCAGGAGCUGGCUUUCGCCACCCACCAGGACCCAUCGGACGCCAAGAUGCUGCAGAUGGUGCUGCAGGGCUCCGUGGGCACCACUGUCAACCAGGGACCUCUGGAAGUUGCUCAGGUCUUCCUCUCUGAAAUUCCAAGUGACCCCAAGCUCUACCGACACCACAAUAAACUACGCCUGUGCUUCAAAGACUUCACAAAGAGGUGUGAGGACGCCCUCCGCAAAAACAAGAGCCUGAUCGGUCCUGACCAAAAGGAGUACCAGCGGGAGCUGGAGAGGAAUUACCACCGUCUGAAGGAGGCCCUGCAGCCCCUCAUCAACAGGAAAAUCCCCCAGCUCUACAAGCCUGUCCUACAGGUCACCUCUCACAGCAAACGGACAGCUUGACAAGGGAUUCCUUCAGUAGAAUGAGUCUUCGCAAGUUGGAUAUUUGAAGAUGAAGAAGAAACAACUUAUGCUAAUUUAUUCAUGUGUAAAUAUUGGUCUCUUCAUAAGCCAGUGUUCCGUCAGUAAAUGAAAAGCUAGUGUUAAAAGUUUGGUACGUCAUUCCAUUCUUAUUCGUUUACAGACAAACUGUUACACAAUCAGUCGAUUAUAAAGCGUGUCUUAUUGCGAUGUGUCAAAUAUGGGUUCGAUUACUUGUGUGCACUUUUUUUUUUUAAACUGUGUCCGAAUGCAUUUUACUAGACAAGGUACAACUUGAAAGUUUACUAUUUAAUCGAUAAGAAAAACAAGCAAAAAAUGUAACACUAUUUAUCAUGUAAUGGUUUAUCAUUUUUAGUUACUGAUUUUGUUAAAUUAGGAAAAUGUUUUAAACAUGUCCUCAAAAACAGUGUACGUAGUUUUUGUUUACUUUAAAUAUUUUACUAAAUAAAUAUUUUAUUGUCCGUA